AUGGCUCCCGGCGUGGAGCUGGGUUUCGCGGCGGCGGCGGAGGGCCCGGGCGGCGCGUGGCGGCUGCGCAGCGCCCACUUCCCCAGCAAGGUCGGGGGGCGGCCGGCGUGGCUGGGCGAGGCCGGGCUGCCGGGCCCCGCCGCUCUGCGCUGCGGCCGCUGCCAGCGGCCCUGCGCCUUCCUGCUCCAGCUGUACGCGCCGCUGCCCGGCCGCCCCGACGCCUUCCACCGCACCCUGUUCGUGUUCGCCUGCCGCAGCCCCGCCUGCUACCGCCUGGCGGGCCCGGGCGGGCCUUUCCGCGCGUUCCGGAACCAGCUGCCGCGGCGGAACGACACGUACCCCGAGGAGCCGCCCCCCGAGGAGCCGCCCCCGGGCCGGCCCCCCCCGCCCCCGCGGCGGCUGGGCAGCGGCGCCGCGCUCUGCCGCGUCUGCGGCUGCCUCGGGCCGCGCUGCUGCGGGCGCUGCCGCCGCGCCGCCUACUGCGGGCCCGAGCACCAGGCGCUGGACUGGCGGCGCGGGCACCGCCGCUCCUGCGGGCAGCACGCCGCCGGAGAUGACUCGGCAGAUGCAAUUCCAGAGCAUAACGAAUUCCUUUUUCCAGAAUAUGAAAUUCUGAUAGAACCUGAGGAACCAGAAUUUCCUGCUGACAGCACUGACGAUGAACAAGGAGCUGAAGAUACCUCAAAGGACACAAAAGAGCAAGAGGAACUUGGAGCUGCAGGCAUUGCAGAUGAAGCAUUUCAGUCCUUAGAUGAAGAGACAUUGGAAGCAAUGGCAAAACAUGAGACUGAAGAAGAAAAGAUCUUCCGAAUGUUUAAAAAACAAGUAGCAGCUGAACCAGAGCAGAUUAUUAGAUACUGCAGAGGAGGAGAAGGUCCACUCUGGGUGUCAGGUGAAAACAGGCCUGAAGAAAAAGAUAUCCCAAAUUGUGUAUGUGGUGCCAAAAGGAUAUUUGAAUUCCAGAUUAUGCCACAGCUCCUGAAUCACCUUCAGGUUGACAGCCUUGGAGAGAGCAUCGACUGGGGAACGCUGGUGGUGUAUACUUGUGCUGACAGCUGCGGUGGGGGAAACGAAUACCUGGAAGAGUUCAUAUGGAAACAAGACUACUCCAUGGGCUGUACUUUAUGAAGUUGAGCCAUCCAGAUGAAAUAGUGGAUUUGUUUCACUGCAUCUCUGCACUGUGCAGAGAUAGUUGAAUUGAAGUCACUGAUAACUGUGCAUCUUGUAACAGUGAUAAAACUGCUGUAACUAGACCUUGACAGCCUCUCUUGCGCUCCAGAGGAGCACAACCUGGUAAUGAAGCCAGAUGCAUUCAUUCAGAAA